AAUUUCAGUCUCACAUCGAUGUUUCUCUCUCUCUCUCUCUCUCUCAGCACAUAUUUGUAGUGGUUUUGACUUAUAGAAGUUCUAUACUUUAAUGUAGCCAAAUUUGUUGACUUUCUCAAAAAAAUUUUAACACCCCUGAAUCAUAGCUUAAGAGCUAUGUGUGACUGUGGCAGAAGAUGACUUUUGAAAGAAUUCCAUCCCCCUGACCACCCCCCAAAUUCUAGUUUAGAUUCUUUUCAAAUCCAUUAUAAGAACCCGCAUGUCCUGCAGUAGAGACUGUUGCAACACAGUUUGUGUUUGUUGAUGAGCAAUAGUUGUGCACGGUAUACCACUAGGAACAGCAUUCUUCCAAAUAAGAUCAGAAAGUUUUAAAUCCCAGGGAAGGAAAGUCUGUCAGACCUGUUGUUCUUUGAUUAUGUAAACUAGGCUCACAACCCAUUUAUUUUCAGUAGUUCACCUGUGGUAUUAGUAUUUUGCCAGAAUUCUUUUUAUAUCCAUUAUUGUAGUUUUGGCUUGUUGAUGUGAGUCUUUCCUGAUGUCCAGUCGGGUACAUAUGUCGUUUAUAAAUUUUCCCAGCCUGAUUUCGAACACAGCUCAGAGAGUAAACUACUUAUUUGAAGAAGGGAAAGUCUUUUUUAUCUCCCAAACUUGAGUUAUCUUUCCACACUAGGGAAGCUUAACUAUACCCUGAGGACUUGUGAGUGUUCUCCAUCGGAGCCCGGGUCCCUUUCUUUCACUCUCCAUCUUUCAGAGCCUCAGAACAAGCCAGGGGACCAAAUAAGAGCCGGACGAUGAGAAACAUCUUAGACUAAUAACCUUUCAACUGUGCUGAAAACGUAGAAGAUGGACAGUUUUUCCUUCCUUUUCUUUGGAAAGGAUUUAAAGAAGAGAUAAAACAGCAGAGGUUUCAAGUUCAUAUUCAGGAUGAAUGAUUAUAGUUCAGAAGACAAGAGAGAAGAUGGACUGCAGUCCUUAUUUAUCAGUGACAAAAAUGGAAACACUUACACAUACCACCCAAAAUCGCCACCUACCCAAAACUGUUCGGCCAACAGUUGGCAUUCUGCCAACCCAGAUGACAUGCUGGUUGAUUACGAAGCCAACUCUGCCGUGGACAUUGGUGAGAACAUUUCCUUAAACCCUCAGUGUGUUGAAGUGCUCGAUCACCAAAAGUCUUCCAAUGAUUUCGUUGGUAAGGAGGUAUUACAUGUGCGUAAAGGUUCCACAUGCCAGGCUUCCGCACAUGCUGUAGACACAGGGGAGCCCAAGUUGCUGCAUCACAGUUGUCAUCCCCUGGACUCACCUCAGGACCAGAGUGCUGAGACAUCUCUGCCUUUUGUGUGGAAACCUAAUGACGAUGAUCUGAACUGUGCAGACUACCCAGCUGCCUUGAAGCUAAACCAGACAUUUGACAUGAACGUGGACAGCUCUGACUGCACCUUUGCAAAACACCGUGCCUUGGGAAAGAGUCAGUCUUUGCUUGCCUCUGGGAGCCUGCAACCAACUGGUGUGAGAAGUGGAAAUACAUCUUUACCCCCUUCCGUUCAUCCACCCUCCCAUUCUGAUAAGGGACACAUGACAGAAACGAGUUAUGACAGAGACAUUUUUAAAAACCCUCCAGCCACAGUGUCAGAGGCCCAAGAUACAACUUUCACAGCCUUUUCCGAGGUGGUGAUGCAGACUGAUGUUUUCAUUCCAGAUGUUGGAAACACGUGUCCGUAUUCUUCAAGAAAUGUCACCAGCGGGUACACAGAUGGGUCACAGCAAAGACUCGGAGAAAAAGAGAUACACACUCUAACGCCCGUUUCUGAUGGCAUGGAUGUUCCCAAUGGGUCUGUAACAGAGGAGUUCUUUUGUUUAUCUAAAGAUGAACCAAAUAGUGAGACACAUUCAGAGGGCUCAUAUGGGCAAAAGGAAAUGGGCCAGAAUCUAAGAGAAACAGUGUCUGAUUGUCUUAUAGAUGAUGAAUGCCCUUUCUUGGAGCCAGCUUUUGAUAAAAGUACUACCCUAGUGCUGCACCCGGAACAUAAAGUCACUGGGGCUGAGAGCACACACAUUGCCUCCAAUGAUGAGGAUUUGGGAAUCCAAAAUCAUACCAUAGAACUGGCCCCAGGUAGCCCCCCAGGACAAAAGCUACCCUCCUCAUUUGAACUGACUUGGGAUGAAAGUGAUAUGGUCAUUAGUGCAAAUGAUACAAUUUGCAUGUCCACGCCAGUCCCCAAACCCACGAAUGCCACCUUUUUCGUUUCACCCGUUGAAGUGGCUGAGAAACGUGGUAAACUGGAGAAGAGUCAUCGAGAGCUCACUAAACCGAAUCUAGGAAAACCAGCCACCAAAACAAAUACCCCAAUAGGCAGCAAAGUCAGGAAAAACAAAAUCAUAAGUUACCCAAGACCAAACUUCAAGAAUGUCAAAGCAAAAGUGAUGUCGAGACCAGCAUUGCAGGCCAACGACCCUGCUCUGGCCAAGGUCACGCCCAGGCCGCAGCUGUCCAGUGCCUCGUCACCCUUGUUGGUAUCCUCGAGACAGUUGCCACUUUUGAGCAAGACACGAAGGUCUGACCUGAACGCAGACACGAAGGCAGAAAUCCCAAUUAACAAGACACAGAAGCAGCAACUGAACAAGCUCAUCACUAGCCAGGCCGAGCAUGUUGCAACUCAUUCUAAAAAUGCUUCCCACAAGGUUUCCAGAACAACAUCUGCUGUGAAAUCGAAUCAGGGAGAUGUUGACAAAGCGAGUUCUUCCAACUCGGCCUGUGAGCCUGGCUCCGUGGCUUCCUUCUUUGAGAAGUGCAAGGGCCUUUUCUCCAUGAAGAUGGACAGCACAGAAUGUUUGGAGAUGACCUAUGUUUCCAACAUCCACAGGAUUAGCCCUGAAAAGAAGGGUGAGCAAGAACGCGGGACCCCUCUGGAGAAACAAGAGCUAAAAAAGGAACUUUUGAACGAGACCUUUGAAUAUGGGCCUCUGUUUUUGGGUUCUGCUUCAAAAACUGCAGCCCCCACAGGGAGAAGCACACCCAAGCCCGACUCUGCCAGUUUGAGGAUAACACCUGGUCCAAAAGCCAAAGUGGGGCCGCCUGGUUCCUGCUUGAGGUGUAACAGCAACAGCAGAACGCUCAGUUCCGAUCGGACCUUAUCUUAUCAGAGGAUCCGGCGUGUGUCCAGCUCUGGAAAAGCUACAUCUUUGAAAACUGCGCAGCCGUCGUGGGUGAACUUGCCGAGACCACUCCCUAAAUCCAACGGGUGCUUGAAAGGCUCUGCGCUCCGCAGGGCAGGAAGCCCCGCCUCUGCCGCCAGCGCCCACAGUGACCUGAACACUUACGGCCGUAACUUUGAAAACGGCAGACAGAAGACUCCCAGAAGUUUAUGCAUCCAAACACAGACAUCUCCAGAUGCGCUGUCCUCUGAGAAAACACUUGAAUUGGCUCAGUAUAAAACGAAAUGUGAAAACCAAAGUCGCUUCAUCCUGCGCCUUAAGCAGCUUGUUUCCUGCGGUAAUACCAAGUUCGAAGCACUGACAGUCGUGAUUCAGCACCUACUGUCGGAGCGGGAGGAAGCCCUGAAACAACACAAAACCCUAUCUCAAGAACUCGUUAACCUCCGGGGAGAGCUGGUCACUGCUUCCACCACCUGCGAGAAAUUAGAAAAAGCCAGGAAUGAGUUGCAAGUGGCUUACGAAGGAUUUGUCCAGAAGCUGAACCAGCAGCACCAGACCGACCUAACGGAGCUGGAGAACCGGCUGAAGGAGUUCUACACGGAGGAGUGUGAAAAGCUUCAGAACAUUUAUAUCGAAGAAGCAGAAAAGUAUAAAACUCAGCUGCAAGAGCAGUUUGACAACUUAAAUGCUGCCCAUGAAACCUCGAAGUUGGAAAUUGAAGCCAGCCACUCAGACGAGGUAGAAUUACUGAAGAAGGCCUAUGAAACCUCCCUUUCAGAAAUCAAGCAAAGCCAUGAAUUAGAAAAGAAAUCACUUGAGGAUUUGCUUUCCGAGAAGCAGGAAUCCCUAGAGAAACAAAUCAAUGAUCUGAAGAGUGAAAAUGAGGCUUUAAACGAAAAGCUGAAAUCAGAAGAACAAAAAAGACUCUCAAGAGAGAAGGCGAAUUUAAAAAACCCUCAGAUCAUGUACCUGGAGCAAGAGCUGGAGAGCCUGAAAGCCGUGCUGGAAAUCAAGAACGAAAAGCUGCACCAGCAGGACGUGAAGCUGAUGAAAAUGGAGAAACUGGUGGACAACAACACGGCGCUGGUUGACAAACUGGAGCGAUGUCAGCAGGAGAACGAGGAAUUAAAGGCUCGGAUAGACAAGCACAUUGCAAUUUCAAGGCAACUUACCACGGAGCAGGCCGCCCUGCAGGAGUGGCUGGAGAAGGAGUCGAAAGUCAACAAGCGACUCUCCAUGGAGAACGAAGAGCUGCUGUGGAAGCUGCACAACGGGGACCUGUGCAGCUCCGACAGGUCCCCCACGUCCUCCGCCAUCCCCUUCCAGUCGCCGCGGAAUUCUGGCUCCUUCCCCAGCCCCAGCGUUUCGCCCAGAUGACGCCUCUGGACGCGGAGACUGUCUGGGAGCACUGUCACGGGCCGGGCCGCAGGACUGACCCCAAGCGAGGGCGUGGGGCGGAGCGCCCCGCGAGCUGACGCGGUGUCGCCGCGCUAGAACUGCAAAGUCCCGACCCCCCCGCAUCGGCUCCUCGUGAGGCGGGAGCCCCGGAGGAGCGCGUGGCUCUCUGGCCAAGAGACUCCUCCCCAGAUGAUUUCGGAAUCGAUCUGCACAGACAUUUGCACAAAGCACUUAAAGAACAUUGCCUUUUCCACGGAAGCGUAAGGGGGAAAAACUCUCAGGGGCCUCUUCAGAUAAAGAUUUAUAACCUUUAUAAUGUUCUUCACCACAGGCACCUUCUUGUGAUUUCUAUCUGGGGGAUGUGUGAAUAAAAUGAUGUAGUGAGUGUCCUGUGUCUGAUGCUAUAUUUCUGGAUAUGUACUAAUCAGCUAGGUCAGUGUAUGAGUUUCUGCAAAAAGCCAUAGAAGAGCGAGCAGCGGUUGCUUGGAUGAGGACUCUGCCACCCGCCCCGCCCCGCCCCACGGGGAGGGGGAGCUCUGUGCAGUCUCCAUCCUUUCGAAGCUUCUUGGCAUUCUUUUAGUGUUCAGCCAUGUCAGUUAAAACUAACUAGAUGUUUUUUCUGUAGAUUUUUAACUUUCCCAUGUGAACCUAACAUUUUACUACCACGAUCCAUUUUCUCAGGCUAUGAGCAGAUGCAAAACCCUAAUGUUUCUAAAACCCUGUAUAAAGAAAAGGGGCAGCAGCCGUGCAUCGCUUCUGCCUUAUGUUUCCCUUGACCUAAGCUGUCCUCAUUGAUGUCAACUAUUCGUCUCCUCCCAUUAUCCUCGCUUCCCCCCUUUCCUUCCUCCCCCAGCCAGAGCCACAAAAGCAAACCUUCUACCUCCUUCCUAUUGUUCUCUGGGACAAGGGUAAUGGAAUAUGCUCUUCCAGAGCCAGCUCAUCCUCAAGGUGCUGAGACCACUCUCCAAGUAAACCACAGCCUGGAUCUGAGAGGACAAGUUCUGGGAAACCCUAGAGGGAAUAAAGGAUGAGAGAGUCAUUGGCUAGCAGAACUAAGAAAGGUAGAGUCAGUGCUUAUCCGUGAAUAGGAGUACCUUGAUUAAACCAAUGAUGCAACAUUUAAUAGAAGAUAACGCUAAGUUUCCAUGUACCCUUUGAGGACCCCUCCUGUCUUUGGGAAGGUAGAGUGGCCAGCUUACAAGUAGGAAAUGUGGCUUCUAGACCUCUCCUCAAGGUUGCAUUUCAGUUUCUUUUCCAGACUUACUACUUCCCCCCAAUUCUAAUACUUUGGGGGAGGUGGAAGGAAGCACUGUGGCUUUCCCCCCUCUCCCUGCAUGUGUCCACAUUGUGAUGUCAGUAUUUACUAACCUGCAAUGCUGAUGUUAGACGGCUGUACAAAUAACCCCGAUAGUAAGAGCAGAUUCAGGAUACUAGAAGUGGCUAUUUGAGUCAUAAUUUACGUGUACACUCCAUAGCAAAUUAAUAUUCAUGAUGCAUGUUUAUUUUUUGUAUUAUUAGUGAUUGUGUCUGAAGUCUAAACUUCAGCAGUUUAUUAUGUAUGUUACCUGCCAUGUUUGCUUCUGAAAAAUGGGAACUAGGCUCACUGUCACCUUCUGAAAUAUCUCUGUGCUUAUCCUUUCAGGUUGUUCUCUAUGUCAUUAGCCAAAGUUGGAUUUGCCAUCUGUUCCCUCACAUGGUAAAUCUUGUGCUGUUACCUGCUCUCCUCCAUACCAUUCAGGUGUCUGGGGAAAUCAAUCUUACACAGUUAGUAUAAAAUGUCUUCAGAGAAUGGGAGACAACUGGAGAGAAGAUAGGAAACAAAACAGAGAACUUAAAGAUUUUUCUCAAACCAAAUGUUUCACAUAGGAUGCAAAAUGUCGGCACGUCGUGAAAUAUACGGAUGUGUAAAAACUAUAAUUGUGCUCAGUUUGUAAUGAUGCAAAGUGUAUUUUUACCUUGAUUAAAUAAAUAAUGCUGGAAUAUUUAAUAUAAGAGGUGCAACCUGUGAUGUACUUCAGUCUCCAAAGUGUUAUCCAGUGUUAGCCACCUCCCAGCACAGGAGCUGACCUGUCUCCUCCUCAGCUAUUUCCCAGGAAUUUCCAAUGAAACUGCAAAAUUGGCUGGGGGCUGAAAUUUGGCUCACAGAGCUAAACUUAGAACAAAGCUUUUCUUUUCUAAAUUCAAAGCUAUGUGUUUUGGAGAAAUAACGUUUGACUGGUUUUUAACAAUUUCUGCUCUUUAAGGUAAGAAAUUGGAACAACUAUGGUCUUUUAAAUAUUUUUGAAGAUGCUAAAAAAGGUCUAAAUGAAGUGGAAUUUUCCUUGAUCUGUAUACCUAUUUUAUAUUGAUAAUUAAACUUUUAAAAACA